AUGUCCGCCGCCGACGCCCAGACGAGGAUUGCAGACUUGCUCCAGAGGUCCGAUGAGGCAGCCGAGGGUGGAGACUUGCAGAAAGCCUUCCAAGCUUUGAAAGAAGCCUCGCAUCUCGAUCCGGCAAAUGCUCGCGUGAAAGACGCCCUGGUGGCCUUGGAAAAGCGAGAAAGGACCGGCGAUGCGCUUCAACUCAUCGAAAGCUAUCUCGGCAGCGGUCCGGAAAGCGAUGGCGAGACGGCACUGCAUGCCCUGCGGCAGAAACACCUCCCCAAGAACGACGCUGAACGAGCUUUCGACUUGAUCCUGAGCUGUUCAAAACAGCUUGCUCUACUCGAUACCCUCACUGGGACUCUCAUAUAUCGCAGCAGAGAUGUACAGCAGCUGCUCGGCGCGAAGUUCCAGAAUCCUGUGACAGAGCUUUACAACCAGCUCUACGAACGAGGACCGGAAAGUCUCAAAGCAUUCAGCACAAUCCCACUGAACGACGCACUCUGGGCAUCGAAAGAUGACCAGAUCAAAGCUCAGCGAGAUCUGUUCCGUCUGUGCAUCGCGAAACUCAUCGAUGUCGACAUUGAGUAUCCUGAGCGGCUGAUGCAAGUCGUGGCAAGGCUCGUUGCACUUGCUCCCAAAACUAUUGAGCCUCUCAUUGAUCUCGAUGUCUUCGAGAUCAUUUUGGACAGCUUAGACAUUCGUCUCGAGCAGCCUUUGCGAAGUCAGGCGAUGUUGGCCACCUCCAAAGUCCUCGAAACGACCAAGGAGAAAGGAGAGCAGCUGUUCGGACAGUACUUGGCUGCGAGAGUAAACAAGCAGACGAUUGAUGAUUUCAUUAUUGCCUUCUCGUCGGCCGCGGCCGUCUUUCCCAUGAUACCUGCUGUGGCAGCACAGCUUUUCAUGACCGAUGGCUUUGUGCAACAACUUGUGCCUAAUCUGGAAAGAAAUUUCGAGUCAGGCAGUCAAGGGAAACGAAAGAGCGCGACGCUCGAAGUAGCAGCUCUCGAAUUGCUGAGCGCGGCGUGUGUAGACAAACCGUGUCGCGAAGCCAUCGACCGUUAUUGCUCGCCGUGGCUGCGCAAUCUCUCCGAUGAGGCGGAAGGAAAGCACCAAGCUCUGGCAUCCUUGGUGCUAGCAAAGAUCAAUGCCGAAUCAUCGGAAGAGGUCACGGCCAAGCUGGCAGAUCUUGUCCUCGUUAGUGAGACGAACAAAGAUCAAGCAAUCGAAGGACUGGCCUACACCACAUUACAACCCAAAGUCAAGGAAGACAUCGUUUCUAAUGCUGCUUUAUUGAAACAGCUGAUCUCGGCGCUUACAGACCGACCAACUGCUGCAUUCGGAUGUUUGACAAUCUUCUCGAACUUGACCACUUAUCGACCGCCCAAAACAGCAGAGCAGAAGAAGAUUGAGCAACUAAAGGCAUACGCAAAUCAGCAAAAGCCAGCCGCAGACGACCCUCUCGACAACGACACUUUUGUCACGAGCAGAGCCAAGAAGUUGCUCGACGCCGACAUUGUCACAGCACUUGUGGCCAGCUGCAAACAAACCAGCUCGCCAACUAACAUUGCCAUGGUUGUACGAACCUUGCUCGCGCUUGCCAAAGAACAAAAGCACCGCACCAAAAUGGUCUCUCAGGGCUCCGUCAAGCUACUCCUCCAGAUCCGAGAACGAAUCGCCAAAACCGACAAGUCCUCUUCCGAAGCCUCUAUCAUCGACCGCAACGCCUCCCAUGCUCUCGCCCGUCUUCUCAUUUCCGUUAACCCUGCGCACGUCUUCUCCGCUGCCUUGCCCGUCAGUACGGCCGUGAGCUCGCUCAUACCGCUAUUGACUUACGACACCGAUGCCGAACAACGCGACCUUCUACCUACAUUUGAAGCUCUUCUCGCCUUGACGAAUCUCGCUUCCAUGGAGGAUUCCACAGCAAGAGAUCUGCUUCUCAGAUCUGCAGCGUUUGAGCGUCUGGAGGAUCUCCUCUUUUCGAGCAAUACUCUCGUGUCUCGCGCUAGUGUGGAACUGAUCUGCAAUCUCAUGGCUUCUCCUGCUGGCGUAGCCAAGUAUGCCGACGGCUCGAAGGAUGCGAAUAGAAGGUUACAUGUACUUCUCGCUCUUACAGACGCGGAGGAUCUUGCCACGCGCCGAGCUGCUGGAGGAGCUUUGGCAAUGUUGACAGAGUGGGACAGUGCUGUUACCGCUGUGUUGAAUCAUGGAAAGGGCGUGGAGUUGGUUGUCGGGAUGUGUGAAGAUGAUGAAAGUGACGAGAUGAGACAUCGGGGUUUCGCGUGUGUGCUGAACUUGGUGACUGCCCCUGGUGAAAUUGGAGAGAGGGGGUCGAAGAUCUUAAAAGAGAAGGGCAUGGUGGAUAGGCUAAAGAACGCACUGAGGGUGACCAAAAGCCAAGAAGUCUUGGGUCUAGGGGUCGAGGUGUUGAAGAAGUUGCAGUGAAGGGGCCAUGUAGUUUCCUGCAUGAUAUCGUGAUGUUGUUAACUCUGGAAACGGACGCUUUACGCUGGGAUUGUGCUGAUGCUGAGCAGAUCCCAUUACCUCAAACAUGUACAAGUUAUGGACCACGCUCAUCAUGAAGAGAUCCUCACACCAACUGCUUUUGGUCGCUUGGCAAAAAGGUCGAGAAUUCGGAAGCAAAACGAACCAUCGCCAGUAAUUGACAGAAGAUAAUAUGGCUCCUCAACCAGAGAAUCUCAUUCCUCGUAUUAGAAGACAG